CUAUAAGGUGUCAGGACGUGGCGGUCUAUUUCUCCAUGGAGGAGUGGGAGUAUGUAGAAGGACACAAGGAUCAGUACAAGGAUCAGGUGAUGAUGGAGGAUCAGCAGCCCCUCACAUCAGCAGUCAGAUCCAGUAAGAGAACAGCAGCAGAGAGGUGUCCCCGUCCUCUUCUUCCACAGGAUCAGGAUCAGGUUAUGAAUUGGGGUGAAGAUCUGAACUAUAUUAAUGUUUUUGACAUAAGGGUAAAAGAGGAGGAAGAAGAGACAGAUCCGAGCAGUUAUGAGCAGUAUAAGGAGGACAUUCUUGCAGGGAAACAUCUUAACUAUAUAAAUGCUUUAGACUUAAGGGUAAAAAAAGAAGAAACAGAUGUGAGCUAUGAUGAGCAGUAUAAGGAGGACAUUCCUACAGGGAAACAUCUGAACUAUAAUAAUGCUACAGACAUAAGGGUAAAAGAAGAAGAGACAGAUGUGAGCGGUGAUGAGCAGUAUAAGGAGGACAUUACUACAGAGAAAGAUCUGAACUAUAUUAAUGCUACAGACAUAAGAGUAAAAGAAGAAGAAACAAAUGUGAGCGGUGAUGAGCAGUAUAAGAAGGACAUUUCUACAGGGAAAGAUCUAGUCUAUAUUAAUGCUCCAGACAUACGAGUGAAAGAAGAAGAGACAGAUGUGAGCAGUGAUGAGCAGUAUAAGGAGGACAUACUUACAGGUAACCUUCCAGACAAAAUGGUAAAAGAAGAAGAGACAAAUGUGAGCGUUGAUGAGCAGUAUAUGGAGAAAAUUUCUACAAGAAAAGAUCUAAUCUAUAUUAAUGCUACAGACAUAAGGGUAAAAGAAGAAGAGACAGAUGUGAGCGGUGAUAAGCAGUAUAAGAAGGUCAACUCUAAAGGAAAAGAUCUGAACUAUAUUAAAGCCACAAACCUAAAAGUAAAAGGAGGAGAAGAGACAGAUAUGAGCGGUGAUGAACAGUACAUAGAGGACAUUCCUACAGGGAAAGAACUGCUCUAUAGUAAUGCUCAAGAACUAAGGGUAAAAGAGACAGAUGUGGGCAGGGAUGAGCAGUCUAUGGAGGGCAAUUCUGCAGGAAAAGAUCUGAACUGUAUUAAUGCUAUAAACAUAAAAGUAAAAGAAGAAGAGACAGAUGUGAGUGGCGAUGAGCAGUAUAUGGAGGACCUUCCAACAGGUACCAAUCUGAUUUAUAUUGAUGCUACAGACAUAAUAAAAGAAGAGACAGAUUUGAGCAGUGAUGAACAGUAUAAGGAAGACAUUCCUACAGGUAAAGAUCUGUUCUAUAUUAAUGCUACAGACAUAAUAGUAAAAGAAGAAGAGACAGAUGUGAGCAGUGAUGAGCAGUAUAAGGAGGACAUUCCUACAGGGAAAGAUAUGAACUAUAUUAAUGCUGCAGACAUAAUAGUAAAAGAAGAGACAGAUGUGAGCGGUGAUGAGCAGUAUAAGGACGAUGUUCCUACAGGUAACCACCCAGAUGACUGUACCAGGAGAUCAGUUAUAUCUUCACAUUAUAAAGCAGAGGAUCAUAUCCCACUAGAUACAUAUGACGAGUAUGUCAUGAUCUCGGAUAAUCUAUCUUCUGAUUCACCACAGACUGAAAAUUACAGAAGAAGUGAUGAAAAUCAAAGAGCUCACACAAAGGGCAACCUAAAUCUGGUUCAACAGCGGAGAUCUCGUACAGGGAAAAAGGCAUAUUCUUGUUCAGAAUGUGAUAAAUGUUUUAGUGGGAGAUCAGAGCUUGCUAGGCAUAAGAGAAUUCACACAGGAAAACUAUUUUCAUGUUCAGAAUGUGGGAAAUGCUUUACUGUAAAAUCAAGCCUUGUUGAUCAUCUAAGAACUCACACAGGAGAGAAGCCAUUUUCAUGUACAGAAUGUGGCAAAUGUUUUAAUGUGAAAUCCUCUCUCGUGGGCCAUCUGAGAACACACUCCGGGACAAAGCCAUUUUCAUGUUCUGAAUGUGGUAAAUGUUUUACUCAUACAUCAGAUCUAAUUAAACAUCAAAGAACUCACACGGGGGAGAAGCCGUUUGCAUGUUUGGAAUGUGGCAAAUGCUUCAGAUCAAGAUCCCAUCUUGCUCAACACCAGAAAACUCACACAGGGGACAAGCCAUUUGCAUGUUCCGAAUGUGGUAAUUGUUUCGCUCAACAAUCAACUCUUGUUAAACAUAAAAAAACUCACACGGGGGAGAGACCGUUUUCAUGUUCAGAAUGUGGCAAAUGCUUUAUUGUGAAAAGACGUCUUGAGGAACAUCAAAGAACUCACACGGGGGAGAAGCCAUUUCCAUGUCCUGAAUGUGGGAAAUGUUUUUCUCAAAAAUUACUGCUUGUUAGACAUGAGAGAACUCACUCAGGAACUAAACCAUUUUCAUGUUCAGAAUGUGGCAAAUGUUUUUCUCAGAAAUCAAACCUUCUUAAACAUCUUAUAUGCCACACAGGGGAGAAGCCAUUUCCGUGCCCAGAAUGUGGGAAAUGUUUUACUCAGACAUCACAUCUUGUUAAGCAUCAACGGACUCACACAGGGGAGAAGCCAUUUUCCUGCCCAGAAUGUGAGAAACGUUUUACUCAGAAAUCACAUCUUCUUCAGCAUCUUACAUGUCACACAGGGGAGAAGCCAUUUCCAUGCUCAGAGUGUGGGAAAUCUUUUUCUCGGAAAUACAAUCUUAUUGAGCAUCAAACAAUUCACACAGGAGAGAAGCGAUUUUCAUGCCCAGAAUGUGGGAAAGGUUUCACCUGCCCAUCACGUCUCCUUCAACAUCAAAGAACUCAUACAGGGAAAUAGCUAUUUCCUUAAAGGGGUACACCGGGGAACUGAACUUAUCAGACACUUAUCCCCCAUCCACAUGAUAGGGCAUAAGUGUCUAAUCUAGGGGUCUGACCACUGGGGCCACUCACGAGCUCCUGUAUGGGACCCGUCCUACUUAACCGUCCUUGGUGCGCUCCGGCCCCACCUCCCUGGACGUAGGUAAGUGAGGGCCCACUCAGCAAAUUACAGGCUGAGGCGGGACAUCUCUGCAGCCAGUGAUUGGUAGAGUAGGCUGUCACUUGCCCAUGCUCAGGAAGGUGGGCCGAAGAUGGGUAAGUAGGAGCCCCAUAAAGGAGAUUGCGGGGGCCCCAUCGAUCAGACCCCCGCUAUCAGACACUUAUCCCCGAUCCUGUAUAUAUAUAUAUCAAUAUGUACAUACUAAAGUAUACAUCAGUGAUUUCCAAAAUAUGUGCCUCCAACUGUUGCAAAACUACAACUCCCAGCAUGCCUGGACAGCCUUUGGCUGUCCGGGAAUGCUGGGAGUUGUAGUUUUGCAACAGCUGGAGGCACACUGUUUGGAAACCACUGGUAUAGAUAACCAAUUGUAUGUGAAGAUUAGGACUAAGACCGGCUACAUGUUAAAGGGGGG